UAGGGUUAGCAGAGUUGUGGAUUCUUACAGUUUGGUGGUUUUUUCCCCCCCCGGUGCACCUGCCGACUGCCCAAUGGACUCGUCGCUUCAGGCCCGCCUGUUUCCCGGUCUCGACAUCAAGAUCCAACGCAGUAAUGGCUUAAUUCACAGUGCCAAUGUAAGGACUGUGGACUUGGAGAAAGCCUGUGUUUCAGUGGAAUGGAUAGAAGGAGGUGCCACAAAGGGCAAAGAGAUUGAUUUUGAUGAUGUGGCCGCAAUAAACCCAGAACUUUUACAGCCUCUUCCCUUACACCCGAAGGAUAAUCUGCCCUUGCAGGUGAAUGUAAUGAAACAAAAACGCAGAUCAAUUAACUCCAAAAUUCCUGCUCCGAAGGAAGGUCUCCGAAGCCGCUCCUCUCGCAUGUCCACUCUCUCAGAGGUUCGCAUCACCACUCAGGAGGAUGGCAUGGAGGUGGAGCUGCCCGCGCCUGCUAAUUCCCGCAAGCAGUUUUUAGUGCCUACUGGCCCCCCUAGGAACUCCUGCCCUGCAGUAGCUGAAAUACCUUUCACGAUGGUCAGCGAGGAGGUGGAAGAGCAAGUCCAUUCCAUGCGAGGCAGCUCUUCUGCAAACCCUGUGAACUCAGUUCGGAGGAAAUCAUGUAUUGUGAAGGAAAUGGAAAAAAUGAAGAACAAACGAGAAGAGAAGAGGGCCCAGAUCUCUGAAAUGAGAAUAAAGCGAGCUCAGGAAUAUGAUAACAGCUUUCCAAACUGGGAGUUUGCCCGGAUGAUUAAAGAAUUUCGGGCUACUUUGGAUUGUCAUCCACUUACUAUGACUGAUCCUAUCGAAGAGCACAGGAUAUGCGUUUGUGUUAGGAAACGUCCGCUGAAUAAACAAGAAUUGGCCAAGAAAGAAAUUGAUGUGAUUUCCGUUCCUAGCAAGUGUCUCCUCUUCGUACAUGAGCCCAAGUUAAAAGUGGACUUAACAAAGUAUCUGGAGAAUCAGGCAUUCUGCUUUGACUUUGCAUUUGAUGAAACAGCUUCAAAUGAAGUCAUCUAUAGGUUCACAGCAAGGCCACUGGUACACACAAUUUUCCAAGGCGGAAAAGCCACCUGUUUUGCAUAUGGCCAGACAGGAAGUGGCAAGACACAUACUAUGGGUGGAGGAAAAGCCCAGAAUGCAUCCAAAGGAAUCUAUGCAAUGGCCUCCCGGGACGUCUUCCUCCUGAAGAAUCAGCCCCGCUACCGAAACCUGGGCCUGGAAGUCUAUGUGACAUUCUUUGAGAUCUAUAAUGGGAAGCUGUUCGACCUGCUGAACAAGAAGGCCAAGCUGCGCGUGCUGGAGGAUGGGAAGCAGCAGGUGCAGGUGCUGGGGCUGCAGGAGCACCUGGUUAACUGUGCUGACGACGUCAUCAAGAUGAUCGACAUGGGCAGUGCCUGCAGGACCUCUGGGCAGACAUUUGCCAACUCCAACUCUUCACGCUCCCAUGCCUGCUUCCAGAUUCUUCUUCGAACCAAAGGGAGAAUGCACGGGAAAUUCUCCCUGGUGGAUCUGGCAGGGAACGAGCGAGGUGCGGACACUUCCAGUGCUGACCGACAGACCCGCAUGGAAGGCGCAGAAAUCAACAAGAGUCUCCUGGCUUUGAAGGAGUGCAUCAGGGCCCUGGGACAGAACAAGGCUCACACCCCGUUCCGCGAGAGCAAGCUGACGCAGGUGCUGCGGGACUCCUUUAUCGGGGAGAACUCGAGGACCUGUAUGAUUGCCAUGAUCUCACCAGGCAUAAGCUCCUGUGAAUAUACUUUAAAUACACUAAGAUACGCAGACAGGGUCAAGGAGCUGAGCCCCCACAGUGGGCCCAGUGGGGAGCAGCCAACUCAAAUGGAAACAGAAGAGACAGAAGUCAGCUCUCAUGCGUCCCUAAUCACAGGCAAUUUUUCCAAGGAAGAAGAGGAACUGUCUUCCCAUAUGUCCAGCUUUAAUGAAGCCAUGACUCAGAUCAGGGAGCUGGAGGAGAGGGCCAUUGAAGAGCUCAAGGAGAUUGUACAGCAAGGGCCAGGCUGGCUUGAGCUCUCUGAGAUGACCGAGCAGCCAGACUAUGACUUGGAGACCUUUGUUAACAAGACUGAGUCUGCUCUGACCCAGCAAGCCAAGCACUUCUCAGCGCUGCAAGAUGUCAUCAAGGCCUUGCGCCUGGCCAUGCAGCUGGAAGAACAGGCCAGCAAACAAAUAAGCAGCAGGAAACGGCCCCAGUGAUGACUUCAAAUAAAGAAGUUUGGUUUCACACCCAGCCUUUUCACCAACCCACUCCUCCCUGGUGAACUUUGGGCACCUGGUGGGUCUAGUCAGUUUCGGAGCUGGGACA